AUGUUGUCUCUAUUACUCCUCUAUGUUCUGAUCCUCCUCUCCUCCUAUUCCUCUCUCCUGGAGGCCAGUGUGGAUGAAUCUUUCAGGGAGUGCUCUCAUUUCCUGUACCACCAGAAGCCCCCUCAGGGCGUACGGCAACCCGGGCUACACAUGAUCUGUCAGCGCUUUGAAGGUGUGCCACGCUACGCAACCCUGUAUGACCCUGCCCGCCGUAUACCCCUCUACUCAGCAUAUACCUUUAAAGGGUCCAACGGAGAGAAGAUGGGCAACUACCCCUGGAUGUAUGAACCACAGCUUUCCAGUGCAUCUGAAACUGGAAACAUGCAGCCCUUUCCUCAAUCAGGAGUUGGUCAGCGUUUGGAGGAGGGUCAGGCUGUAUUAGCUGACUACACUGAUGCUUUUAACUAUGAGCGAGGCCAGCUGAACCCAGACCAGCACCAGUCCAUGGUCGGGGACAAAGCUGCCACCUACACACUGACCAACGUGGUGCCCAUGACCAAAGAGUUCCUCCGGAAGCGCUGGGAGCCGUACCUGGAAACUGUCCGGCAGCGCCUCAACAACUACUGCCGCGGCAAGGCCUAUGUGGUGACCGGAAUCACCACUGCUGGACUCACUAUGCGCAGAGCUAACAUCAACCGAGUGACUGUUCCCAAACACAUCUGGUCUGCUUACUGUUGCCCUGACUUUGACCCUGGUGUGCCGUACGAUAUCCGCUAUAAGUUUCCUUCUUUUGCUGCAUAUGGCCUCAAUGAUGUUUUAGAUAACGAUAUUAAUGAAGUUUCAUCAAAAAGCCUGGAGAUGCUGGUGAAGAGAGAAAUGCCAGUGGAUCAAAACUUUCAGCUAUUUUAUGGUAACUGUAUUCAAGAGGUAUAA